AUGAACUUGUUUGAGUUGGAGGAAAUCAGAAUGAAUGCCUAUGAGAACUCCAUGAUCUAUAAGAUGAGAACAAAGGCAGCCCAUGACAAACUGAUUCGCCUUAAAGACUUCAAGGUUGGGGACAGUGUGCUCUUGUAUAACUCCAAGCUAAGGUUGUUUCCCGGGAAGCUAAGGUCAAAGUGGGCGGGACCAUUCAAGAUUCACGAAGUUCUACCCUAUGGAUCCCUCACUCUUACUCAAUCAAGAGGGGAAGGAAUUCACAGAGCAGGUUUUAGGAAGAAGAGGAAGAGGCACAACUCGAUCGAGCGAGCAAGCUCGAUCGAGCGAGGAACCCAGUCGAGUGGAGUGCUCCUGAUGGCCGUCUACCAUCUCCAGACCACGACCUUGCCUCCCAGUUCUUUGGGGGGCACUGAGGCUAAGUUUGGGGGUGCCAACUCGAGCUCGAUCGAGUUGGGUGUAAAAACCAGAAAAGUGGUCUUUUGGAGCAUUCUGGAGCAUAUGGGACAUGAGGAGCAUGGAGGGACUUGGCACAUGGACGCAGCUCAACUGGAUACGCAAAGGAAGAAGGGAGAAGCCAUCUUGAAGACCAGCUCGACCACUCUACUCGACCGGCCAAGCUUCAACUCGAUCGAGCUGAGAAGUCAACAGUCAAACCCGAAAAAUGUUGCUUCCCCCUUGACUUUCCUUUGA